AUGACGCUUAGGGGUGUUCUCCUGAGACUAAUCGUCUUCGCAAUAUCACUUGCUGUUGUCCCGUUAUCCACGUAUUACGGCACACAACGAUUUGUCUGGAAGGGCGACUCGACUUUUGCUGCGAUCUCAGCGGUCUUCGUAGCAAAUGUGGUAUUAGUAGCGUACAUCGCCAUAUCCGUGUAUGAGGAUAAACAACAGACUGCGCCAAGGAGAGUAGAAGGCAAAGCAGACGAAUCGAAAAAGGAGAAGUAG